AUGGCGGCGUCAUCUCGAGCACAGAACGCUAGCUGGGAUCCAAUCCUCAUUAUAUCUCAGAUUAUUUCAAUACAAACUCUCCAUUAUCUAACCCUCUCCGUCCUCAUCCCUCCAUUAUUGUCCAUAUUUGCGGAGGCCGGUGCACUCGUCUUUGAAGGAGGGGCAACGAAUGUUGGGAUGAUAAUGGAUUGGCGAGAAAUGGCCGGCCGUCCAACAGUACGCGGAAUGCAGGGCGAAGACAGGUGGGACGCUUACUAUGGCGCCUGGAGUGGUGGUAAACAACUCGGUUCCGGGUGGGAGGAAGGCAGGUGGGACGGAUGGACCGACCCUAUGCGAGGCUGGGUAAUAGCAUUCUCAUGGAUGAUUGCAUCCUUCGCAGACAUAUACUAUUUAUGUAUUCUCAUUCGACGACCGCGUUUCAUCUUGGAUUUCGCACUAACACUCGCCUUCAGUCACCUCGUACUCACGACUUAUUACUCGGCUUCAAUACCCACUUCCUUGUUCUUCUGGCUCGUCAUGUUCGCAUGGUCAGCAUCAACAGUCAUAAUCGCGGAGCAACUUUGCGUGAAGAGAGAGAUGGCCGAAGGAUUGGUUAUAUCUCCUCCGAGGGACGAAGAGGAUGAUUUGGAGAUGGGAGAAUUGCUUCGCAGAGAUUAA